AGACGAGAGGUCAGCAGCUGAGGGCUUCCGCGGGGCAGGGCUGUGUGGGAUGUGGAGCCUUGGAGGGCGUCCCAGCAGCAGCUACCGCCCCCUUCCCCCGCGCGUGGCCAGCCCUCUGUGCCGACGCUGGACAGCAUGCUCCUGAAGGUGCUGCUGCUUCUAGGGCUCGCUGUGCUGGGCACUCAUGUCUGGACGAUUCAAAAGGAAUUUGUAAAUGUUAAUAAGAACCACGAUUAUUUUGUGGCAUCUGUGGAGUUUGCCGUGGCUCGGUUCAAUGACGACAAUAUGGAAGAGAAUGCAUACAGGUUGCUGGAGGUCGGGCGAGCCCAGCAGAAGAGGUGGACAAUGAUAUUUUUAAUGGACUUGGAGAUCGGCCGCACAAUUUGUAAGAAACACAGUAAAGACAUUGACAACUGCCCCUUCAAAGAAGGCCCAGAGGAGAAACAGGUGGACUGCACUUUUAUUGUGGAUGCUCGACCCUGGUUUUCCCAGUUCACCCUCCUGAACAGCACCUGUGUGUAGAAAUAGACGGGGCAGGAGCUGUGGCUUCUCACAGCAGAAGUUCCUUUUCUGCUAGAGGGUGAGAGUCGGCCUGCAGUCACAGGUCUGUGCAGCAGCAAGGGAAAUAAAGGCAUCUC